UCUACGUAUAUAUAUUGUAAACUUCAUGCACCUAAGCACCAACCAAAUGUAAAUUGGUUUAUCAUAAGGAAAACCUAAUCAUGGAGAGAAUGAGAGUAAUAGUAAUCACUGUAUUACUGUUCAUAAGUGUUGUGGUUGCAGAAGAUGCUGGCGCUGGUGAAGCCAUUAAACCUACAGAAGUUGCUGCAACAAGUGAUGCUGCAGAAGAUGCUGGAACUGAUGAAACCAGUAAUCUUGCUAAACACGAUGGUAUGAGCUUGGCAAUUAAUCAAAUACUUAAUGGACAAACUCAAGCGUACGAGUCUCCGAGGUUCAUGAGGUUUGUGACACAUUGCAGCUCACAUGUUACAGAAACAUGCAGUGGAAAUGAUCCAAUGAAGAAAGGAGGUGGAAUCAAUGGCCAAUUAGGGUUGUUUCAAUGCCUUUUUGAUUCCAUGGAAGCAUGCUUGGUAGACCACAAGGCCUCACUUUAUCAAACAACUUCUUCCGAUAACCCUAAACAGUCAAUUCAAUAUUUGCCAGUGCUCAUUCAGACUGUAAAGUUUCAAACCGUCUUGAGAACCUGCUCUCAUUUCACUGCACAAACCUGUUUGACUGGUUCUAAUGUUGAUUCAUCAGCUUUAUCAGCUUGUCUUCUACCAUAUUUGAAUUGGUGUGUGUAUCCUACUCAAAUGCCACCACCACCGCCACCUCCACCACCACCACCGAUAUAUAAUGCUCAAAUUACACCUGAUCAAGUUGAGUCUGAUCAAACUACGCCGGAUCAAGUUGAGCCUGAUGAAGUUUAG